CGCCGUGCUCCGACGGAGACCCGGCGCCGAAGGGCCGGUGCUGCUGCCGUCAAACUCCGCGUGUUCGGCCGUGAAGGCGUUGUCCAAAUCGGAAACAUGGAUGCGGCACGCUGCAGCGGAAAGAAACCGUGGUGGCCGAGCGCAGAGAGGAGGAUGGAGUUCAAACACGGAGCUGAUCCCACAUGUACUAUCUGCAGCCCUCAGCUCACCGGAGCGAUGUACCCACAUUUCAUCAGGCAGCAGCGGACCAGCCUGGAUAUUCUCAGAAACCGCAAACACAUCGAGACACCAGGACCUGGAGCAUAUGAUGUAGACAUGGGCUAUCAAGCUUGCUUACCCAGCUCCCCCAGCAUCACCAUCCAAGGAGUCAGGAGGCCAAAGAGACACGAAACCGGACCCUUUGCAACGCUCUGAGCCAGACUACAGAAUCCCACCCCUAAAUCAGGACUUGCUCCCCUUCAAGUAAUGAAAGAUGCACAGGAGUUCACCUCAAUCUGAGUCGUCUGUAUUUUUUCUAGUCACCAGAAAACCCCCAUCUCCUCUGACUGCAGGCAUGAGAAAAGCCUGAGCAAAGAACCUAUACCAGAGAAACCCACACUGCCACCUAAGCCAGAUGUUCCCACAGCUGGGCAAACAGGGCCAAGCUCCAUCCCGUCAGGUACAAAUGCUGCAGACUUGAGGACAGACCUAGACAUACAGCCCUAUCCAGCAUUUUAUUUCUAUCAGUGCCAUCAAAGCACAUGCAGCUCCUCCCAGAGGCAGGCAGCCCAGUUAUUUCCAAGCCUUGGCAGCUGCUGGGACACCACAGCAGCCCCGGCUGUACUGACCUGGGGAAGCUGACCUCCUACAGAAGCACUUACCCCAGUGAAGGGCAGUAAGAGCCGUGUGCACAUCUGGCAUUGACAAGAGCUCACAGAAAGCUCUCCACAGAAGUCAGAGGUGUUUGCCCUCUGCACAUGGGACAUGCACAUACUUCUCUAAGCUCUGCAUCACUGCAAGCAAUCAUCAUGAGAAUCCUUCAUCUUGAACAUCUGGAUAGGAACCAUCACCUUGGUACUUCUGCACAGGGCAGGCAGAGCCCACUUACACAGAACUGGACAAGGACAAAAAAAUAAAUCAGUGACACUGCU